CAGUGAAGGGAAGGGGUAUAUUUAACAGUUUUAAAUAUACUUUGAGGUUUCGCUGACCUCUCCCCUAGUUCCUCUGGGUCUCUUUCUGCGGAUGUGUAUAUGUAAGUGUGUGUCACCUUUGGACCAAAGUGACACCGGGCAGCUCAUUUGGCUCCAAAAAGUGCUUCGCAAGCACCAGUAAUGAUAAAUGAACAAGCUAGGUUAAAUGUAUAAUUUCUACAGCAUGAAACAGAAUUUAUCCCACUGUUUUCGAUUGUUCAUACAAGCAAUUCGAUAUUAGUUUGUUGUUAUCUUUUUAGCAGAUAUAAGUAGUUUAUUUUUAUGACAUUUCUAGUUCAUUAUAUGUAAAAAGGAUAGGUAAAGAUUUUAAUAUAAUGGGAUGAUAGUGCACUUAAAUUCUGUCAUCUUUAAUUCACUUCAAUGUCAUUGAAAACCUGUGUAUAACUCUUUCUCCUGUGGAACACAAAAGAAGAUAUUUUGAAGAAUGCCUGUUUGUGUCUAUUUAAUGGAAGUCAAUGGGACCGAUGUUGUUUUGACAACCCCAGUUCUUGAAAAUGUCUUCUUUUGUGUUCUCAGAAGGUCAUACAGUUUUACGAAACGUAUAAACUUAAAUAAUAGUAAAUGUUAUAUUGUCAAGACAACAUUUUUUUUCCAACUUAAUGCAAAUAGUUGGCUACACUUGUUGGAUGUAUAUAACCCUGAAGAGACAUUUUCGAUUCAAAUCUAUUUGUACUUUAGCAAUCAUAUCUUUGAUUGCGAAAAAAGGAACUAAAGUGAGAAAAUAAAAUAAUUAAAGAAUAAUGUUUAGUAGACUUGAACAAUUUUAGCUUUAGCUUUUUUCCCAAUAAAUAUUCUGGAAACCCCUUGUAGAGGCCCCCUGGGGGUCCCCAGACCUCAGUUUAAAAACCCUACUAUAUGACACACUUUUGCCAGGCCACGUCUUCCAUUUUUUAUUACUAUUUUAAGGCAUAUAUAUAAACAUCCAAAUUAUAAAUAAAAGUCCACUAUAUGAAGUCUACAUUUGCCUCCAUCCUGGAUGGAACUUUACCUCACAUUUCCAUGGACCCCUCCCUAUAUUUUUAAUACUGACUUCUUUUCAGUGUAGUCACUUACACACUGUACUUCUUUCAUUAUUCUGUGAUGUCAUCCGGUGGACUUUUCCAGCCCGGUCGUAGUUUCUUUCCCAGUGGAAUCUCACUUCUAGGCCAUGAACACUACCGCGAGUGUGUGGAUAUGAGGCUCUGAUUUUUUGGGAAGAGGUCGGCAGGGAGCUUACGCCGUGGAUGCGAGUGCAUCGUCCUGGAACCAUCAGAGAUGAUUGUGGUGGACUAUAUGGAUGAGAAUGAGGAGUAUUUUCAGCGACAGGCAUCGCACCGGCAGUCCCGACGAAGGUUUCGCAAGAUCAACCAGAAGGGAGAGCGGCAGACCAUCAUCGAUACGGUCGAUCCCUAUCCGACUGGCAAGCCGCCCAUAGGACGGGGGUACCAUACGGAAUGCGUUAAGGCUCAGCUUCCGGCGGACUUCAGCAGAUUACACCUGGCAGAGGGGAUUCACCCCCAGGUGACGCACGUUUCCUCCAGUCACUCAGGAUGUAGCAUCACCAGUGACUCUGGGAGCAGCAGCCUGUCGGACAUCUACCAGGCCACCGAGAGUGAGCCCUGUGACAUGGACCUCAGUGGCCUGCCGGAGACGGCCGUCGACUCCGAGGAGGACGACGAUGAGGAAGAUAUCGAACGUGCCUCAGAUCCCCUCAUGAGCCGAGACAUCGUCCGGGACUGUCUGGAGAAAGACCCCAUGGACAGAACAGAUGAUGACAUAGAGCAACUGUUGGAGUUCAUGCACCAGCUGCCAGCCUUUGCCAACAUGACCAUGUCGGUCAGACGGGAGCUCUGUGCUGUCAUGGUGUUUGCUGUGGUGGAACGGGCCGGCACGAUCGUUCUUAACGAUGGUGAAGAGCUGGACUCAUGGUCUGUAAUUCUAAACGGCUCGGUGGAGGUGACGUACCCAGAUCACCGGACAGAAAUCCUGUGCAUGGGCAACAGUUUUGGCGUGUCCCCUACCAUGGAGAAAGAGUACAUGAAGGGGGUGAUGAAGACCAAGGUGGAUGACUGCCAGUUUGUGUGCAUAGCACAGCAGGAUUACUGCUGCAUUCUCAACCAAGUCGAGAAGAACAUGCAGAAGGUAGAAGAAGAGGGCGAGAUUGUGAUGGUGAAGGAGCAUCGCGAGCUUGAUCGCACAGGGACCAGGAAGGGACACAUUGUCAUCAAGGGCACAUCGGAGCGACUCACAAUGCACCUUGUAGAAGAGCACUCGGUGGUGGACCCCACCUACAUCGAGGACUUCCUGCUUACCUACCGCACCUUCCUGCCAGGCCCCAUGGUGGUGGGCAAGAAACUGCUGGAAUGGUUUCAUGACCCCAGCCUCAGGGACAAGGUUACACGGGUAGUCUUGCUGUGGGUGAACAAUCACUUCAACGACUUUGAGGGUGACCUCGCAAUGACGCAUUUUCUAGAGGAGUUCGAGUACAAUCUGGAGAGAGAGAAAAUGUGCGGGCACCUGAGACUGUUAAACAUAGCAUGCGCUGCCAAAGCAAAGCUGCGGGUGGUGACCCUGACCAAACCCUCCAGGGAAGCCCCCUUGGCCUUCACCCUGCUGGGGGGUUCAGAAAAGGGCUUUCGCAUUUUUAUCGACAGCGUAGAGCCGGGCAGCAAAGCUGCAGAAGCAGGCCUUAAACGUGGAGACCAGAUACUGGAAGUAAAUGGGCAAAAUUUUGAAAACGUGCCGCUAUCCAAAGCCAACGAGAUCCUAAAAAACAACACUCAUCUGUCCAUUACUGUGAAGACAAAUCUCUUAGUGUUUAAAGAACUGCUGGCCAGGCCUGACCAGGACCAAGAGCAUGACCCGGAAGAAGAUUUGGAUAGGAAGAACGGUGCUCCUCACAUCCCCAAAAUCGGGGAUAUUAAGAAGCCCAGCCGCUACUCCAUCCCUGACCUGGCCGUCGAUGUGGAGCAGGUCAUGAGCCUAGAAAAAGCCAGCAAGAAAGGAAAAGCUAACACCGUCGGCGGCAGAAACAAGUUGAAGAAGAUCUUCGAUAAGACGUUGACCAGUAUUCUACCGCCCAAACCAUACAAUGACGUUGGAGUGGGACAGUCCCAGGAUGACAGUAUUGUAGGGCUAAAGCAGUCAAAGCAGAUUCCUCCUGCUCUGCCUGUCAGUGGAAACCUUUCUUCCAGCAACCCUGACCUGCUGCAGUCACAUCAUCGCAUACUUGACUUCAACAACCAGCCUGAAGCUGUCCCUAUAAACAUGUCAGACCAGGUGUUGCGAGUGUUCAAGGCUGAUCAACAGAGUCGGUACAUCAUGAUUGGAAAGGACACCACUGCAAAAGAAGUCGUUGCUCAGGCCAUCCGAGAGUUUGCCUUGACCGCCGCCCCUGAAGCUUAUUCAUUGUGCGAGGUGUCAGUCACACCGGAGGGCGUAAUCAAGCAGCGUCGCCUCCCAGAGCAGCUCUCCAAACUGGCCGACAGGAUCCAACUAAGUGGCAGGUAUUACCUGAAAAGCAACAUGGAGACGGAAACGUUAUGCUCGGACGAAGACGCCCAGGAGCUGCUACGCGAGAGUCAGAUCAGCCUGCUGCAGCUCAGCACGGUGGAGGUUGCGACGCAGCUGUCCAUGCGUGCCUUCGAGCUGUUCUGCGCCAUCGAGCCCACAGAGUACAUCGAUGACCUGUUCAAGCUGAAGAGCCGCUUAUCUGGGAUGCCCAGCCUUAAGCUCUUUGAGGAGUCCAUUAAUCGGGAGACCUUCUGGGUGGCCACGGAGGUGGUGCGUGAACCCAACCAGCUGAAGCGCAUGAAGAUCAUCAAGCACUUCAUUAAGAUCGCGUUGCACUGCAGGGAGUGCAAGAACUUCAACUCGAUGUUUGCCAUCAUCAGUGGUCUGAACUUGGCACCAGUGUCCAGGCUGAGAGGUACAUGGGAGAAGUUGCCCAGUAAAUACGAGAAGCUGUUCAGUGACCUCCAGGACCUGUUUGACCCCUCCAGGAAUAUGGCCAAGUAUAGAAACCUCCUGAAUAACCAGAACCUGCAGCCACCCAUAAUCCCACUGUUUCCUGUUAUCAAGAAAGAUCUCACCUUUCUGCAUGAAGGGAACGACUCAAAAGUGGACGGUUUGGUCAACUUUGAGAAGCUGCGGAUGAUUGCUAAAGAGAUUAGACACGUGGGCCGGAUGGCAGCUGUUAACAUGGACCCAGCUCUGAUGUUCAGAACCAGGAAGAAGAAAUGGAGGAGUUUGGGGUCUCUCAGCCAGGGUAGUGCCAAUGCGGCCGUCUUGGAUGUGACUCAGACAGGCGGACACAAGAAGCGCGUCAGACGGAGUUCCUUCCUCAAUGCAAAGAAGCUUUACGAGGAUGCGCAGAUGGCACGCAAGGUCAAACAGUACCUGUCCAACCUUAGCCUGGAAACCAAUGAGGAGAGCCUGCAGAUGCUCUCUAUACAGUGCGAGGCCUCUAUUAACACAUUGCCCAAGAGUUCUGGAGACAAAAAGAGACCCGACACAUCUCCCGUGGUCUCACGGGCCAUCCACCAGCGCCAGCAGCUUCAGAAAGCCAACCAGGCGCUUCAAGUGCCUGCCGUCGCCCUCUACCCAUCUCGCAAGAAAGUGCCGGUUAAAGACUUACCACCGUUUGGUACAAGCUCACCGGGCUCUCUGAAGAAGAUUCUGUCACUUUCGGAGGAGGCUGGAGAGAGACACAGGAAACUGGUAGAGGACAGCGUGUCCAACAAUUCCUCACAGCUGUCUUCUCCUCCCACGUCUCCUCACAGCUCGCCGAAGAAAGGAUAUGUUCGAGCAGGUGAUUAUCUGUCAGACUCCGGUCACAGUGAGAUCUCCUCACGCUCCAGUCUGGUGAGCACCUCCUCUCUGGACAUGGGACAGGAGGAACGGAGGCAGAGAUACGGAGGACUGGCCGGAGACGUUCACUGCGGUGGUCACCGCCUGGAGCGCAGAGCGACUGCAGACCCUGACCAGUAUAGUUUGGGGUCCUACUCGUCCAUGCAGGACUGCCGCGGUCUGUAUGCCGGCGCCACUGUUCUGUCUUCCCCCAGCUCAGAGGAGCUCACCCAUGACCAGGGCGACCGGGUCUCUCUCGACGCCGCCGAUUCUGGUCGUGGGAGCUGGACUUCCUGUUCAAGCGGUUCGCAUGAUAACAUUCAGAACAUGCAACAGGGACGCAGUUGGGAGGCUCUGGCUGAGGGGGCGGGGCUCUGGGGAAGCAGAGGGAGCUGGGCGUCGGCCUGCUCCUCUACGUCUUCUGUGGCGUGUUGGGGCGAGGAGACCGAGGGCGACACGGGCACGAUCAAGAGACGGGGAGGAAGAGAUCUGAACACAGACCCAGAGACCAGCAGCAUCACCUCCACAGGUUCUGAAGAGUCCAGACAGCACAGUCGCCGGCCCUCGCCCAUCACCGCGGGCAACACCAAAGCCGUGAUCACACGGAAGGAAGGCCGUUACCGGGACCCCCCGCCCACACCGCCGGGCUACACGGCACUGACCAUCUCGGACGUCACGGACACCUCGACCCACUCUGGGAGGAAACCUCCGGACUACACGACCGCCCUGCAGCGUUCCCGCCUCGUCACACACUGCCCCGACUCCCAGCAGCCCCCCGCUGCCGGGAAGGCCGCUCCGCCGGACCCCCGGGGCCGAGAGGAUGAGGAGGCUGUGGAGAUGGAAGAGGAGGGUGAGUGCUUGUCUCCCAAACUCAGAUCUCAGAGGAGGAGAGGUCCACACACAGCAGUUCCCCCCAGGCCAUGAGUUACAUACACCACCCCGACAGGAAGAGGAUGAACAGGUGUCCGCUGUGUGAAAGGUGACGACACUGGCUUUUAUACGUCUGCUGCAAGGACUGAAAGGCUAUUUUAGAGCCUCCGCAGGUCUAGACACCCAGACCGUCCAGUCUACAUCUCGCUGGCACUGCCCUUUCUCCCUCCCCAGUGAUGGAUUCAUCUCCCUGCCCUGCCUUAAAGCAUCAUGGGGGGUUUGUUGCCCUGCAUGCUAAAAAUACUGUGAAGAGAGGAGGCGAGCAAAAAAACAAAUUAUUUGGCACUUUGGAGAACGUAAAACUGACAACCGAACAGCGCUUUGACAUUCACUCACAAACAAACUUGUGUUAAUGGUUAUAUACAGACAAUGCCCUCCUUCUUUUGCUUAGAUGUGACACAAACCCAUUUAGAAGUUUCCCUCAGCACUUGUUUCUAAGGCGUAAACUGACACGUUUCAGUCGCCCAUCUUUUGGGUGUUCGUAGCCUGAAAGGCAAGACUGUGAUUUAUCAACCUCGUGCACAAACUCUGAUGACAACACUCAUGUCUUGUGGUUCAGUAUUACAGUAUUAUAUUUACAGUCGGAUCGAGGAGCUCGGCUUGGGGACAGCUUUCAACCCUACUGAGAAACUGGAAAGUACAUCAUAACAACUGGAGUUCACGUUGUGACUCCUGACAUGCGUAGCACACCGCUUUAUAAUGGAGGACGCUGUGGAGUGAGGGAGUUUGUGGGUUCAUGGCCUUAGUGUGAUUGAGAUCCAUGUAUGAAUGAAAGACCGGGUUUCUUAACAAGCAUUUUAGAAAGGCCAAACAUAUCAUCUGUUGUCAUCCGUUGGUAGUAGAAGUACGGCAGUCCAGCCAAAGGCCCAGAAAAGAUACGCUUAAGCACACUUAGAUCAGAAGUUCAGCAAACUGUUAGGUUUGUUCUCUGCAACGACACGAGCGGUUUUAUCGGUUUCACGAACAUCUCUACAGUUUAAAAGCCCAUUAAAGUGCUCUUGGCUGUGACGCAACACCAAACGGCCCAAACGUUGGUGAAAAUGAGAACAGGAAUCAACUCAGGCAAAGGGGCGUGUCGUCUAAUUUGGGUGCUACUUCCUACCUGUGUGAUACAGUAUAUAUCAUUAGGAAGGUAUGUUUCGUGCCUGAAUACAGUGGUUUUGCGUAAGGUUUUGUUUUUUUAUGGAGCGUCGGGCCUCGAUCGGCGGCACACAGCUUCCAGAAUCACUCACAGAAACCCAACUGUGCUUUCAAGACUCUGGAACCUGAAGCUUAGUGAGAGCGAGUCACUUUCAUUCUUUUCCUUUUAAUCACUGAGUUUACGCUGAUCACAUUGAUCGGUAGUUAGAAGUAAUCGACGAAAGAGAAAAAGACGUCUGCAGUGUUUUCCACUGUACCCUAUCACCACUUCAUUGUUUCUUUCUCUAGUUGCCUGUUUGUAUUUUAGUUUCGGCUUUUUUGUAACAAUUGCGGAUACAGUUGGUGAAACAUUUGUAACGGUAGAUAUAGCGACCAUCGGCUUCCGCUUUGUUUUUUAAAGUAAAUAUUCACAAGCAGGCAAGCCAAGACGAGUCGCUUGUUUUGCAAAAUAAGUUGCACAAAUUGUACAAGCAUAAAUACAACAAGGUAAAUAGUAGUAGGUAGCUGUUCUGCUACUCUGUUCGAUAUGUGAUGUCAAGUGAGAAAUGUACAUUUAGCUGGUGAAGAUUCUCUGUUUGUUUUGGUUUAUUGACUACUUUUACCUGUACGUCUUUUACAAAGACAAUUGGUGGAGUAUGUAUUUGUUUUUGUUUAGUUUUUUUGUCUUUUUUUGUAUUUUUAAUACAAUAAUUGUACAUAUUGGUUAUAUUUUUGUUUAAUUGUAGAAAUGUAUGAUGUUUAUGCCUCGAAAUCUAGCUUAUAAGGAGCUGGGAAUCAAUAAAUUUGACAAAAUGAAUCAACUUAUAGUUUUUAAAUGCACUUAUUGUUGUUUUGUUUGUCCUGCAUUGUUUUCAAACGUUGUUUCUUUAAAUGACCUCUUGCACCAUCUAGUGUUUGCACAAGAUAGGACAUGGACGUAACUUGAAAUGUGUAUCUCAUACUUUUCUAACUGACAAAUGUAUGUUGGGGUUAAUAAAAAGACAUCCAUAUCUGUA